AUGCUCCAGCCCUCUCAGAACAAGGAGAAGGAGAGGAGGAAAAAGGGGGUUGACCCUCGCACCGGCCAAUACAACUGCACCAUUUCCCUGUAUGAAGUGCCGGCUGGGGUUCGCAACAGCCCCCCGUUGAGCUUGUCCCUCCACUUCAACCCCCUGGGAGGGGACGAUGUCGGCCUGGGACGGGGCUGGUCGUUUGGGGGGCUCUCCUCUUAUGACCAGCCGUCCCGAACCCUAAUUCUGUCGACCGGGGAGAACUACAAGGUCCAGGACAGUACCAGCUCCGUACGGGUGACGGACCAGAAACUCCAGAGUUUCCACUUCCACAAGACGAACACCACCAGCUACCGCGUUACCCUCAAGUCCGGCCAAGUGGAAGUGCUCUCCAACUUCAACCAUCGGAGCUUGGUGAGUGUGCCCACGGAACUCUACAGCGCCAAUGGCCAGUCCCUGCAGCUCUCCUGGGUGUUCUCGAGCACGCAGCCCCGACUCAGCAAGAUCCUGACCGGCUCGCAGGCUCCGGCGAAGAUUGUCUACAACGACAGCGCGCAGAUCACGACCAUCACCCGCGGACCAGGCACCGCCGAGACCGCAACGUUCACGCUGCUGCGCCGGAACGGCCAACUGGCGGAGCUGCGCCUGCCACUGGAGGGCUCGCCCACAUCGCCGAGUCCACCGUCCUGGACGUCCUGGAAGUUCACAUAUAAGACAGCGGGCCUGACGACUGUCACCAGCCCGACGGGGGCCACCGAGACGAUUUCCUACCGGGCGGCGGGGUUCCGCCUGCCCAGCGGAGCGCCGGUCUCGGCCAUCCCACACAUGAUCUCGCACACGGUGAGGCCCUUCCAUGACCAGCCCGCCAUCCAGACCACCUACUCUUACUCCGACCACAACUUCCUGGCUUCGGUGGAGGGAGGAACUGGUCCAGCGACGGUGGCAAUCUGUACCUGACUCCCG